AUGACUGAGAAGAAACAGCUGCACCUCGGGGCGUUUAUGCGGCCCGUCAGUCUGCAUACUGGCGCAUGGCGGUACCCGGGGUCCUACCCGGACGCCAACUUCAACUUUGCCCAUCUGGUGUCCUUUGCGCAGAAGCUCGAGGCGGCCAAGUUCGAUGCCUUCUUCAUGGCCGACCACCUGGCCGUGCUGAACAUGCCUGUUGAGGCCCUCAAGCGCAGCCACACCGUGACCUCGUUCGAGCCUUUCACUCUGCUCUCGGCGCUGGCCGGCUUGACGUCGCGGAUCGGCCUGGUCGCGACGGCCAGCACCACAUUUGACCAGCCUUACCACAUUGCUCGCCGCUUCGCCAGCCUGGAUCACAUCUCCGGGGGCCGCGCCGGGUGGAACAUCGUCACGACUGCCAACCCGGACGCCGCGCCCAACUUUGGCCUGGACGAGCACGUCGAGCACGGCGAGCGCUACGCGCGUGCCCGCGAGUUCUACGACGUUGUCACGGGCCUGUGGGACAGCUUUGCCGACGACGCCUUCGUGCGCGACGUCGAGACCGGGACCUACUUCAACCCGGAGCGCAUGCACCGGCUGGACCACAGCGGGCCCGAGCUGAAGGUCCGCGGGCCCCUGAAUAUCGCCCGCCCCCCGCAGGGGUGGCCGGUCAUUGUGCAGGCCGGGCAGUCGGAGCCCGGCCGGCAGCUGGCCGCCGAGACGGCCGAGGUCGUGUUCUGCGCGCCGCGCGACCUGGAGGCCGGCAAGGCCUUCUUCAAGGACAUCAAGGCGCGCGUGGUGGCCGCGGGCCGCAGCGCCGACAGCAUCAAGCUGCUGCCGGCGGCCUUCAUCGUCAUCGGCGACACGGCCGCGGAGGCGCAGGCGAAGCGGCUGCGGCUCGACAGCCUCGUGAGCUACGAGAGCUCGAUCGCGUCCUUGUCCAUCUCGCUGGGCACCGACGCGUCCAAAUUCGACCCGGACGGCCCCCUGCCGGCCGACAUCCCUGAGACCAACGCCAGCAAGUCCGGCCGGGAGGGCGUGCUGAAGCUGGCGGCCACCGAGGGGCUGACGGUGCGCCAGCUGGCACAGCGCUACGGGGGGUAUUCGGGUUUGGCCUUCGUGGGCACUGCUGAGAGUGUGGCCGACGAGAUGGAGAAGUGGAUUGAGGAGGAGGGAUCGGAUGGGUUCAACGUCGUGUUCCCCUAUCUGCCGCAGGGGCUGGACGACGUUGCUGAGCGCUUGGUCCCCGAGUUGCAACGGAGAGGCGUCUUCAGGAAGGAUUACGAAGGAACAACCCUUCGGGAGCACCUGGGACUCGAGAGGCCUCAGAACAAGUUUUUCCCCAGCGACGCGAAGUAG